ACUUACAUGAAAACAAAUCUACGAUAAAAGCGGAAAAGGCUCCCUAUGUUAGAAUACAUGAAGCCUUUACUCCGAUCAAAAGGUAGGUAGCAUAUAACAGAGAGUUGAAACACAUCAGCAUGAUGACUUCCUUAAUUAGACAUUCCAAAGCAUAUGAAGAUUUAAGUAAAAAGCACCCUACCGAGGAAAAAAUUUCAAGAAAUAUCAUUCACAUUGCGUGAAACACUGCAACGACAUGGUACUUAUCAUUAAAAGGAAAAAUAGAUGUAAAUCAAAUGACAAAGAAAUGAGUCAUCAUCCCCUUUACACAAAAGAAAAUCAAACUCACCAUAGCUUCCAAACAAAAGUUCCCCGAAAAUGGUUCAUAAUCUUUUAUUUGUUUUUUCAUCCUUUCCUAUAGUGAUGGAGUAUAAAUGGAAUGUAUGGAGUAAAUCUUAUACUAUGUACCCAAAGUGAAAUAGGAUCCAAUCCAAUGGAAAUUUGCAAAGAUUUCACAUACACACUCCUGUAGACUAUAUAAAUGGAUAGUACUAACUAUAAAUGGACAGUAACCAAAAAAAUAAAUAGAUUAUUCUACAUAAUAUAAAUCUGAAAAUAAUCUACUUCAAUAUAUCUCGUGUUAAUUAAGGAUUCCCGGAAAUAAGGAAUGUUUCUAGGCAUGGAACAAGAUCAAUUUUCUUUCAGUCAACAGUUGUUGCAUUCUUUCUUACUCAAACGAAGUGUUGAUGAAAAUGCACUUUUUACUUUGGAUGAUGUAUGUGGAUGACAACCACAAUUCUGCAAUCUAGUUUGUGCUAUAGCCAUUUAGUGUACUCUUACCUUUGAGAACACUGAGGAGCUUUUUAAAAUCAUGGAGAGGAUACCAACUGAUGCACCUAAUGCUCUGGUGUUUAGAAGUCAACCAGAGAUCGAAGAAGGUUUUCUCCAUGGUGGUUUCUGGAAAUACAAUGCAAAACCUUCCAAUACACUUCCUUUUGCCCGGGAUUCUCUGGACAAUGACGAAAGUGAAAACAUUAUUCAGGAUGAUGUUAUUAUUGUUGGCCAAGAUAUAGCUGCAGGAUUGAUUAGGAUGGGGAUCCUUCAAAUGAUGAUUGUAGCUUGUGAUUGUGGGAGAAACUUGUCCAAUCUAUAA